AUGUUCGCCGCGCACGUCUACUAUACCUACUGUUACUCUAUCGAAGCCGCCAUCGGUCCCUCCAUGAUCCCCACCAUGUCUGUCAAGGAUGACUGGUUUCUCAUUGAUCGAUAUUAUCGGCGUGGAAAAGGUGUUCAAGUUGGAGAUAUCGUGGUUUUCGAUUCGGUGGUGAAUCCGGGACAGAGGGCUUUCAAGAGGGUUUUGGGGUUGGAAGGGGAUUGUGUGAUGAUGGGGACCCCGGGUCGUGGGGAUGAUCAGAUGAUCAGGAUUCCUGAAGGUCAUUGUUGGUUGGUGGGAGAUAAUCUGGAAUGGUCGAGGGAUUCGAGGAUGUUUGGUCCCGUACCUAUGGCUUUGAUUAACGGGAAAAUCAUUGCUAAAGUCUUGCCGUGGAGCGAGAGCAAAUGGUUCGAAAAUGACAUGCAACCAGUGCUAGACGACCCGUGA